AUGCGGAGAUCAUGGGGAUCGCAAUUAUUCACUGGUCCGUAUAAAUAUAAAACGCAAGUGAAGAGGAGUAGUUGCGUAGCAAGUUGCGCUAUCGAUUCCACAGCAUUUUCACCGCCCGGCUUACACGGCAGUCCCACCGGUUACAACCGUGAUCGUCCUCUUGCUUUCUAUGACAUGAGAAUUAACUCCAUCAGCAGUCAGAACGAAUACGUAGUACGCAUGAAUAGAUAAGAAUACGCAAACACGGCAACCGCCUCCUUCUUCCACAACGUCUUAGCUUCUGCUUCCAACAACCCAGCACUCGUUCUUGGCUCCAGUGUGAUCUUCCUGGCGGGAUUUCUCUUCUGCUCGAAGCGCGCGCGUCGUACUGCGUCACAGUUUUUUCGCUACAACGACUACUCACAUGAACAACAGACGAGCAUCAUAGCGUCCACGAGCAGCGAGGGCAUUUACGGGGCCCUGGAGAAUGGAGAAAAAGUGGAGGAGAAGUAA